UUCCAACACUUCCAACCUAUAAUUUAUUUAUAAACAACUGUCAAGUUAUGGUGCCACGAGGAGUUCGUUGGGAUUGUUAACACGUAAAAUCUGAAUGAAUAGGUAUUUAAUUUUGUACAAUGCAAAAAGCUGCGUUUAAUUCAGAUCCAGGUUUUUGUCCGGACUGUGGAUCUAUUUUACCCCUUUUGGGCGAACUUGGUGGAGUUUGUUGUUACGGCUGUAAACGUGCUUGGGGACCUGAAGUUUUUGGGGACAUGGCUAUAUCAUACGUACUGCAUUUCAAUAAUGACGACACUUACACGUCCAGAGAAAAAAAGAAAAGUGAUAAAUCGGAAGAGGAAGCCGAGGGCCCAGUGGUUGAACGACGAUGUCCUCAGUGCCAAAAUGAUAAAAUGUCAUACGCUACACUACAACUUAGAUCUGCAGAUGAAGGGCAAACUGUAUUUUACACAUGUACCAAGUGCAAGUUCAAGGAAACGGAAAAUUCUUAAUUCUGACUACAACCACGAUGAAAUCUACCUUUGUUUAUGGAUUCAACUCAGAAUCUUAGAUUCUGUUCAUUCCUAUACUUUAUUCAUCACGGCUUCGUUUGUUGUACUGUCUAUCGACAUACCAUAGGGUAGGCAGCAAAGAUUGUGCAUCAGUGCAAUUGUAAAUAUACUUAUAACGCCAAUAAAAGUCUUACAUAUAAUAAAACAUAGAACUUUAUUUUAUUUUACAUUCAACAAAUGAUGAAUAAUGGGUAGGCAAGCAACUGUUUAAUACCAGGGGUGUUGUUAUGAGUGGCUAUUUUUUUGUUUUCGUAUUAGAGUAUUCCUUUAUGUCAUCAACUACCCAGAGUAUCUAUCGUGGUAUGGUACGCUUUGUACAUACAGUUUGAUGACAACCCUCCGAAUUUUCCACUAUUAUAUGUCUAUAAGUUAAUCCUAUGAAAGCCUUCACCUUUUCGUUUCAUCUGAAAAAAUGCUCCUUAGUGGUCCAUUGUUUGAAAACCUCAAUUAUAACAAUAAGAACGAUUCCUACUAAACACUUCACACUAUCGUAUAUGUAUAUUUUUUUUAAUCCACAACUCACCUAGAGUUAGGCUACCCCAGGUAUCGAUCAAAUAUAAAUAUCUCUUUGCCUUAGAUAUGCGCCGUUGUAGUAGGAGAAACUAGAUAUAGGUAUAGAUUUCGAAUAACUAAGUAAUCGGUUGUUAAUAUAGUCAUCAGAUGGAUUACAAAUUUGAAGAGUUUUCAAUUUAAAGUCAUUCAUAAAAAAUUGAAGACUUUUUUGUAUUGCUAUAUGAGCUGAUUUUUAAACUGUAUAUCAUCCUCUAUGCUGUGGGCUUACCCACGCAUUUAUUUACAAUAUUUAAUUUGAUGCAGAGAAAAAAUUUAGUCGAAGAUAGUCGAAAAUGAAUACUUAUAAACAUAUUCAUUUUAUUUUUCUCAAUAGGUAUGUAGUAAUGGAGUUUUAUUUGUUUAAGAGUAUAUAGUAAUAUGGAAAUACCCGUUUGCGGUUUUGAUGUUCUAAUUUACGCGGUAGUAGCGUAUGUACAAUAAGAACUAUCAUUAAUAUUAAUUAUAGUUUAUCACUACAACUGCACCUAGUAGGCAUAAAGUUUGAUUUGAUUUUCAAUUUCAAUUGAAUAUUUGUUCCAUCAUUCGAAUUAUGUGUUUAUAAAAUUACUUUCCCACAGCCCUAGGAUAAUAAACACUCGCAAGAAUAUUCGCUCAAGUACGUCAUCAUAUUUAGUAAUAAUUUUUACUCUAAUUAACAUAAGUAAUUAAUUCAAUCUUUUAUUAUACCUUUAAUUAUAAAAGGUUUCAAGUUCUAAGGCCGUUAAUAGUGGAGUCAGCUUCGCAUAACAAAGCAGCUAGAAAAUUGCCUCUUCUCCACAAUCCAGCUAUCUGUCAUAACCAUGAUUGUAAAAGGUGUAAAAAAAUAAAAUAAUAUAGUUACGACCAAUUUUUUUUGUUUCAACAAUAGCUGUAGCCCGUAUUACCUAAUAAUAAUAAUUAUGAUAAUAAUAUAAAUACACUGUUAUCAUAUCAUUAUUAUACGCUUUUUUUUUUAAAUUGAUCCAUAGCUAAUAUGUAUAUAACAUGUAAAACGUUAAGUUUCAUCCUAAUUUUUAAUUUUUUUUUUUUUUUUCAAUUAAUUAAAU